GGUCAUCUACGGUUCAUUAUACGGUUUUGUGUACGUAUAUGCUGAGCUGGCUCUAGUCAAGCGAUACCAAGUGUGCAUUGACUGCCACAUGUGCCCAGCUCGCUCGAAUACGCAUGCACGCAGUUUUUUUUUUUGCAAAACUGCCAGUUAUUAAAAGAUCCCCCAAACCCCGCCGCCGCCUCCGCAUCCGCCUCCGCCAUGCGUCCGCUCGACGAGAAGGAGACCACGAUGGUCUUGGAGAAGCUCUUCAAGUUCACCGGCCCCAACCUGAAGCACCUCCUGGAGCGGCCCUCCGCGGAGGGCCCCGACCCGGAGCCCGGCAGCUACUGCCUCCGCCUCCACAAGAACCGCGUCUUCUAUGCCUCUAAGUCGCUCGUCCGUCGCGCCUCGCCGAGGUCGGCACGCCCAUCGAUCGGCAAGUUCACCCAUGGCGGCGCUUUCCACCUCACCAUCCACGCGCUCGACCUCCUCGCCGCCCAUGCGUGCUGCCGCAUCUGGCUGAAGCCCGACACGGAGCGUUCGUUCCUCUUCGGCAACUCCGUGCCCAAGUCCGCGCUCGCGCGCAUCACCGAGAACACCAAGUCGCGGUCAUGUCUGGUAUCAAUGUCCAUGGCCGACGUGCCGCUCAGGUUUGAGGUCGCCGCUAGGGGCGCGCAGGACUGCAGGAAGGCCGACACCAACGGCGUGGUGGUGCUCCACCAGUCCGACGACGACGAGUACCUCCGCAAGGAGGAGGAGCUCAUGUGAGGUGAGGGUCGAGGCUUGGUUGUUCUUGUGUUUACUGAUUGGACCAUAUGCAUGAAUUUAGGGACCCAAUGUCUUACUACUAUCUUGUUCGAGAGUUCCUGCAUAUGGCAUAUGAAUGUACUGGAUGAUUAAUUGAGUAUGAGAUGAG